CAGAAUGCACAGAGAGACACUAAAAUAGCGAGAUUUCAGGUAUCAUGGCGAGCGCGGCCACUUCUUGUUGAAACAUCACGUUUGACAUUUUGAAAGGAUUUAUCUAUACCUUUAUUUAAGUCACAUGAAGAAAGGUGAAGUACUGAUGUCCUGCUAAGCAACGCCGGAAGAAGGAUUGGUCCGCGGUCAUGGCAGCGUCUGAGCUUUAUACAAAGUACGCCCGGGUGUGGAUCCCUGACGCCGAAGAUGUGUGGAAGUCCGCAGAACUCACCAAGGACUACAAGCAGAAGGACACUGCGCUGCACCUGCAGCUGGAGGACGGCACGACUUUGCAGUACAAAUUAGACCCCAAAACGAAGAACUUGCCUCACCUCCGGAACCCCGACAUCUUGGUGGGGGAGAAUGACCUCACGGCCCUCAGCUACCUGCACGAACCUGCCGUUCUCCACAACCUCAAAGUUCGCUUCAUCGACUCCAAGCUCAUUUACACUUACUGCGGUAUCGUCUUGGUGGCAAUCAACCCGUAUGAAACCCUUCCCAUUUAUGGAUCGGACAUCAUCAAUGCCUACAGUGGGCAGAACAUGGGGGACAUGGAUCCCCACAUCUUUGCAGUGGCGGAGGAGGCCUACAAGCAGAUGGCCAGAGAUGAGAGGAACCAGUCCAUCAUCGUGAGCGGCGAGUCCGGCGCCGGGAAGACCGUCUCUGCCAAGUACGCUAUGCGCUACUUCGCCACGGUCAGCGGCUCCGCCAGCGAAGCCAAUGUGGAGGAGAAGGUGCUGGCAUCCAACCCCAUCAUGGAGGCCAUCGGAAAUGCCAAGACCACCAGGAACGACAACAGCAGCCGUUUCGGGAAGUACAUCGAGAUCGGCUUUGACAAGCGGUACCACAUCACUGGGGCCAACAUGAGGACCUACCUGCUGGAGAAGUCCAGAGUGGUUUUCCAGGCAGAUGAAGAAAGAAACUAUCACAUCUUCUACCAGCUGUGCGGCUCUGCCAAUUUGCCGGAAUUCAAAGACCUAAAAUUAGUCAGAGCAGAUGACUUCCACUACACAAACCAGGGCAGGAACCUCGUCAUCGACGGCGUGGAGGAUGCGCAGGAGAUGCUCACCACACGCAAUGCUUUCUGCUUAUUAGGAAUCAACGAAUCCUAUCAAAUGGGACUUUUCAAAGUCUUGGCUGCGAUUCUACAUCUUGGCAACGUGGAGGUGAAAGACCGAGACUCAGACAGCAGCAGCAUCCCGCCGAACAACAAGCACCUGACCGUCUUCUGUGACCUCAUGGGGGUUACGUACCAAGACAUGUCUCACUGGCUGUGUCACAAGAAGCUGAAGACGGCCACAGAGACCUACAUCAAACCCGUCCCCAAGCUGCAGGCCAUUAAUGCCCGCGAUGCCCUGGCCAAGCACAUCUACGCCAAGCUCUUCACCUGGAUCGUGGACCACGUCAACAAGGCCCUUCACUCCAUGGUCAAGCAGCACUCCUUCAUUGGAGUGCUUGACAUCUACGGGUUUGAGACCUUUGAAAUCAACAGCUUUGAGCAGUUCUGUAUAAACUACGCCAACGAGAAGCUUCAGCAGCAGUUUAACAUGCACGUCUUCAAACUGGAGCAGGAGGAGUACAUGAAGGAGCAGAUUCCCUGGACCCUCAUCGACUUCUACGAUAAUCAGCCAUGCAUCAACCUGAUCGAGGCGAAGAUGGGGGUGCUGGACCUUCUCGAUGAGGAGUGCAAGAUGCCCAAAGGGUCAGAUGAGUCAUGGGCCCAGAAGCUCUACAACACACACCUGAAGAAGUGCGCCCUGUUCGAGAAACCCCGUAUGUCCAACAAGGCCUUCAUCAUCCAGCACUUUGCUGACAAGGUGGAGUACCAGUGUGAAGGUUUCCUGGAGAAAAAUAAAGACACCGUCAAUGAAGAGCAGAUACACGUGCUGAAGGCCAGCAAGUUCGAUCUGCUGGUAGAGCUCUUCCAGGACGACGAGAAGGCCUCCAGUCCCACAGGGCCGCCGCCAGGGGGCCGCACUCGGCUGAGUGUGAAGCCCGACAAGAGCCGGGGGGGGCAGUCCAGCAAGGAGCACAAGAAGACCGUGGGCCUGCAGUUCCGCAACUCGCUGCAGCUGUUGAUGGAAACCCUGAAUGCCACGACUCCCCACUAUGUCCGCUGCAUCAAGCCAAAUGACUUCAAGUUCCCUUUCACGUUUGACCCCAAGAGGGCGGUACAGCAGCUGAGAGCUUGUGGCGUCCUGGAAACCAUCCGAAUCUCUGCAGCCGGCUUCCCAUCCAGGUGGACCUAUCAGGAGUUCUUCAGUCGCUACCGGGUCCUGAUGAAGCAGAAGGAUGUGCUGACUGACAAGAAGCUCACCUGCAAGAAUGUCCUGGAGAGGCUUGUGCAGGACCCGGACAAGUACCAGUUUGGCAAGACCAAGAUCUUCUUCCGCGCGGGUCAGGUGGCCUACCUGGAGAAGCUGCGAGCGGACAAGCUCCGUGCGGCCUGCAUCCGCAUCCAGAAGACCAUCCGCUGCUGGCUGGCGCGCAAGAAGUACCUGCGCAUGAAGAAUGCUGCCAUCACCAUCCAGAGACACGUGCGGGGCUAUCAGGCGAGAUGUCUGGCCAAAUUCCUGCGGCGGACACGGGCCGCCAUCAUCAUCCAGAAGUGCCAGCGCAUGUACGUGGCGAGGGAGCUCUACAGACGCAGGCGUGCCGCCGCCCUCGCCCUCCAGCGCCUCCUGCGGGCGUACAUGGCCAGGCAGCAGUACCAGGCGCUGCUCCGGGAGCACAAAGCCGUCAUCAUCCAGAAGUGGGUGCGCGGCUGGCUGGCGCGGCAGUGGUUCAAGCGCUCGCUGGCGGCCAUCGUGUACCUGCAGUGCUGCGUGCGCCGCAUGAGGGCCAAGCGCGAGCUGAAGAAGCUGAAGAUCGAGGCGCGCUCCGUGGAGCACUUCAAGAAGCUCAACAUCGGCAUGGAGAACAAGAUCAUGCAGCUGCAGCGUAAGGUGGACGAGCAGAACAAGGACAAUAAGUGCAUGAGCGAGCGCCUGAGUGGGCUGGAGAGCACCUACGCUAUCGAGGGUGAGCGGCUGCGCAGUGAGCUUGCGCGCCUACGUGGCUUCGAGGAGGAGGCCAAGAGCAAUGCCAGUCGCGUGGCUAGCCUGCUGGAGGAGCUGGUCCGGCUGCGCAAGGAGCUGGAGGCCACACAGUCCGAGAAGAAGAUCAUCGAGGACUGGGCGGACAAGUACCGCAACGAGAUGGAGGCGAUGGUGGCUGAGCUGAAGGAGCAGAACAACCUUUUAAAGAGUGAAAAGAACAACCUGAACCGGCUGAUCCAGGAGCAGGACCAGGUGAUGACAGACAAGAUGCAGAAGGCCCUGGCGGAGCAGACCAAGGAGCUGGAGAAUGACCUGAACGAGGAGCGCACACGCUAUCAGAACCUGCUGAUGGAACACCUGCGUCUGGAGGAGCGUUACGACGACCUGAAGGAGGAGAUCACCCUUACUGUGACUGUCCCCAAGCCAGGCCACAGGAGAACCGACUCCACACACAGCAGCAACGAGUCCGAGUGCACGUACAACUCUGAGGUAGCAGAGUCUGAGGAGAGCUCUCGUGGGCGUGAGGAUGUCACCAAGGCGCCCCUGGACAUGUCGCUGUUCCUCAAGCUGCAGAAGAGAGUGACGGAGCUGGAGCAGGAGAAGCAGUCGCUGCAGAACGAGCUGGACCGGAAAGAUGAGCAGUUCCAGCGGGCGAGGGCCAGGGAUGAAGAGGAACACAAGAAGGCACGGGGGGCAGAGCUGGAAUAUGAAUCUCUGAAGCGGCAGGAGCUGGAGUCGGAGAACAAGAAGCUGAAGCACGACCUGAACCAGAUCCGCCAGUCCAUGAGUGGCAGCGCGGGCGCCUCCUCCGCUGCCCCAGGCUCGCCCGCCUACAAGGUGCUCCUGGACCAGCUCAAUUCCUCCAAUGAGGAGCUGGAGGUGCGCAAGGAGGAGGUUCUGAUCUUGCGCUCCCAGCUGGUCAGCCAGAAGGAGGCGCGGCACCACAAGGACACGAUGACGGAGCCCAUGCCGUACACAGAGGAGCUGAAGAACAUGAAGGACGCUGAGGAGAUCACCCAGGCGUACCUCACCCUCAAGGAGACCAACAGAUCUCCCAAGUUUUUGCGUGAACCGAUCGAGGCGAAUGAUUUGAUGAGUAGGCUCAGAUCCCCUGCUCCAGACUACCACCGGCUGAAUGAGGACGGAGAGCUUUGGCUGGUUUAUGAAGGGUUAAAGGAGACCAACAGGCUGCUGGAGUCGCAGAUGCAGAGCCAGAGGAGGAGCCAUGACAAUGAGGUGGAAGCUCUGCGUGGGGAGCUGCAGAGCCUGAAGGAGGAGAACAACCGGCAGCAGCAGCUCCUGGCCCAGAACCUGCAGCUGCCCCCGGAGGCUCGCAUUGAGGCCAGCCUGCAGCACGAGAUCACACGCCUCACCAACGAGAACCUGGACAUGAAUGCCGAUGACCCAAGCAAAUAUCGGGAGUCCCGCCUCCUGGUUUUACGGCGAAUGAUUGACCUCAUGGAGCAGCUGGAGAAGCAGGACAAGACUGUCCGCAAGCUCAAGAAGCAGCUGAAGGUGUUUGCCAAGAAGAUUGGCGAGUUGGAAGUUGGUGGUCAAGUGGAGAACAUUUCACCUGGACAGACUGUGGACGAGCCAAUCCGGCCAGUCAACAUCCCUCGCAAGGAGAAGGACUUCCAGGGCAUGCUGGAGUACAAGAAGGAUGAUGAGCUGAAGCUGGUGAAGAAUCUGAUCCUUGACCUGAAACCGCGAGGCGUGGCCGUCAACAUGAUUCCAGGCCUGCCGGCAUACAUCCUGUUCAUGUGUCUGCGCCAUGCCGACUACCUCAACGACGACCAGAAAGUCCGCACGCUACUCACCAGCUCUAUCAACAGCAUCAAGAAGAUCUUAAAGAAAAGAGGAGAUGACUUUGAGACGGUCUCCUUCUGGCUCUCCAACACCUGCCGUUUCUUGCAUUGUCUGAAGCAGUACAGCGGAGAGGAGGCAUUCACAAAAUACAACACAAAUAAGCAGAACGAGCACUGCCUGAACAACUUCGACCUCGCGGAGUACCGGCAAGUGCUGAGCGACCUGGCCAUCCAGAUCUACCAGCAGCUCAUCAAGUGCAUGGAGAGCAUUCUGCAGCCCAUGAUAGUCUCAGGAAUGCUGGAGCACGAGACCAUCCAAGGCGUGUCGGGCGUGAAGCCCACCGGCCUGCGGAAGCGGACAUCCAGCAUUGCCGACGAGGGCACCUACACCCUGGACUCCAUCCUCCGCCAGCUGAACUCCUUCCACUCCACCAUGUGCCAGCACGGCACCGACCCGGAGCUCAUCAAGCAGGUGGUCCGCCAGCAGUUCUACAUCAUCGGCGCCGUCACCCUUAACAACCUGCUGCUGCGGAAGGACAUGUGCUCCUGGAGCAAGGGGAUGCAGAUCAGGUACAACGUCAGUCAGCUGGAGGAGUGGCUCAGGGACAAGAACCUGAUGAACUGCGGGGCCAAAGAGACGCUGGAGCCCCUGAUCCAGGCAGCACAGCUGCUACAGGUCAAGAAGAAGACGGACGAGGACGCAGAGGCCAUUUGCUCCAUGUGCCACGCCCUCACCACCUCCCAGAUUGUGAAGGUGCUGAACCUGUACACCCCGGUGAAUGAGUUUGAGGAAAGGGUGUCUGUCACUUUCAUUCGAACCAUACAGACCCGCUUGCGAGAUCGAAAGGAAUCUCCGCAGCUCCUUAUGGACACGAAGCUCAUCUACCCCGUGACUUUCCCCUUCAACCCAUCGUCUCUGGCCUUGGAGACCAUCCUGCUCCCCGGCAGUUUAAAUCUAGGUUUCCUCACACGUGUCUAGAUGCCUCCUGUCCUUUACUACCCCACAGCCAGCCUCGUCCCAGGUGUUGGGAGCCCAGUGGCUCUUCUGAUGAGAGUUCUGUGGUACCCACAAUGGUACCAAGUCAAAAAAAAAAAAAAAAAAAAGAAAGUUAAGCCCUUUUAAUCAACCCCCUUAACAAUGGUUAGGUGUUCAGUCUGAAACGGAUGUUGCAGAAAUGACUGAGAGCUGACGAUGUGUGGAUCUCUGAUAGGAAGGUCGCCCAGCAGCGGAGAAGUGCUCUCUACCGCACCUAUAAAAUUAUUGGUAUUAUCAUUAUUUAUUAUUAAUAUUAUUAUAUCGAGAAUAUUUGUAUUUACUACCCAUAUCAUCCCAAGCUUACUAAUGGAUUUGCCCAUAGUGGAAAAAUUUUGGAAUUGAUUGGCCACCACGUCUCAAACUGGGGACAAAUUUGGAUGGUAUAUAUUGUAAUUUGUCUUAUAUUAAUGUCAGUAAGCUUUACAAUAUGUAGAAUAAGUAAAAAUGGUGCAUUAGUAAACUAUUUAAUGUAGAUGUUAAUUUCUUAGUUUAUGUAUUGAGACUUAGUACAUUUAGAUAGAAGCUAUGUCUUGUGUAUCGUGUAUAUCCAAGAAUAUUGUACUUAGGCACGGCAGAGUUUAAGAUUAUUGUCCUCCUGAAUACAGAAACUGUUUACAUCUUAUGUUCACUGCAGGUAUUGUUGUCACUAUUUGAGGAAACCAUACAGUUGAGACUGGGGCCUCCACACAGUUCCACGUUAAAGUGUCUUUAACACAGUGUUUUCCAGCCCAGUCCUCUGGGACCCCCAGACAGUUCACAUUUUUGCAAAAACGUGCCCGAGGAGCAGUUUGAGAAACACCACUGCAGCCAGUGAAUAUAACUGGUGGGGGGGGGGGUUUAGCUAAUUGGAGCACACUUGUAGAUGCUGUGUGUGUCUGUGUACGCUUCGCUGUAACUCCUGCCGUUUGUGUGCAUACAGACUGAUCAGAGGUUCCCUGUCCGUGGUACGUUUUUCAAAUUUGGCCAUCAUGUUCGGAUUCCUCAAGGAGACUUAAACACAUUUUAAGCACAAAGGUACAUUGGUUUUGUUUUACAUGUAAGGUACCAAGCCAUCGGUUCUCAGCUUGGAGCUUUGCUUAUUGACUUAUUUCAGUAUUAAUGUUAUGAAACACAAAACUGUUAUGUUAGGAGCAUGUGUCAUGGAUGAAUGUUACCAAGAAAACAGUCUGAUGUUUUUUUUUUCUCUCAGAUGAUUGUUACCCUGAAUUUGCACACUAGAAUUUAUGGUAAUGUUGUCACGCUUUCUGUAACUAGCAAAUCUUUGUGCUUCUUGGACCAAACCUCCACCUUUAUCCCUUAUUUAAUGUUAAAUGCAAAAUACAUGUACAGUAGCUGUGCCAGAAAUGGGUAUUUAUACGAAGAACAAAUCUAAGACAAGUUGUUUGAUCUGUCUUUUGUUGGUUUACCCCCUUUUCUGUUAUGUUUACAUUUUCAGAGGAUGUCAUACACGUGCGGCCCCUGUAGCCCGCAGAUCGGCCCUUUGUAGAUCACCCAGUUGACUGCUGAGACAAAACCAGCUCAGCCAUGUAACAAUGACCCAAAACGUCCAAAGAUCUGCAACGCUGAUAAAUAUGCUAGCUUGAAUUGAACGUUUUAUAAACAGCGUAGGUAAUAAAUCAAAUCACAAGCCAUAUUAAUAGCCGUAUGUAGUAUGAGGGGAAUGCGUAUUGUCGGUCAUUAGGCGUCCUGUAAAUAUAUUUCUAUCUAUUCAGGCAGUCACAAAAAAGAAAGUUUAUAGGUUGAAAAGUGAGUUAUUUAUAAAGGAGUUACAACGGCAAAAAAAAAACUGCGCUGGGUUUUUACAAAGCCCUUCGUUUUACAGAUGUACCGGAAGGACAUUGUACUCAACUGCUGACCACGUUAGUGUAUCUAUGUGCAAUGCAUAUCAGCUUAGUGCAUCAUACUGGAAAUAAGAUGUAUGUAACUUUUCCAUUUGAAUGUUUUGUUUGCGCACCAUGUUUUAUGUGUUUUAAUUUAAUGUAGUGUAGCACCACACAAUCGGUGACGUUUCUCUUUGUGAAGUAUUUUAUUACAAUGCUGGAAAGGGUUUUUUUUAAAUAGUUAUGUUAUCGCCUGUUUGUUAGUUUUUGGCUAUGGGGUUCGUACCUCUCACGUUAAUGGUAUCUCUUUCUGCAAUUUUAAAAGAAUAUGCUAAGGAAUUGAAAUAAAUGGUGGUUAAAGGUGUUUUCUAUAUAUACAGUUCAUGAUUUUAAAACUGAUGAUUAACUGUUCCAGAGUAACCACGUCUCUACGAAUGCAAUCCAACCUUGGCAUCAAAAUCUAAACCGGUCGAUUCGCCAAACUGUUAUAACUACUUUACAUUUCGCUGUAUGACAUGAUUUUACUAACAUAUUAGGGUAAACAUCUGUUUGAUUACCGUAUUUAAAUUUACUUCGUUCAUUUUAUACAUUGCAUUAACUUCUGCAUGAAAUUUCGGUGGUCAGCAAGUUAAUCCGAUCAAUGGCUGGGCUUCGCUUGGGUGUUUUUCUUAAUAUUUGAUUAAGUCUUCACCUUUCAUUUCUGCCAGAAUUUAUACGCGAAAUCCUGCAAAUGUCAUCGAUUGACUUCACAACUUGAAUAAAUAUCAUUGAAAGCUCCUGAAGAGCAUUGACACCUUACACUCAAACAGGACUGCGUUACCGCCUGUAAAUGACUGAAUGAAUGGAAAGUCGCUGAAAUUCUCCAAAAUGGACUCCAAUAAAAUCGGUAAUGAUUAUACUGCGAGAAACUAUAAAAAAGAUGAUACCAGAACACCAGGAAUGUGUUUCUCGUCUGACCGAUGUUACCCAAAAAAAACUGGUCUUUCCAAGAACAAUUGUGAAAACGUGAAAAUCUGAAAUGUCUGUAAGUCACGGUGAUUGUAAUUAGCAACUGUGUUCACUAUAGAAUAUAUAAUUUCGAAAUGUCCAAUCUGUAUAGAUAAAUAAAGGAAUUCUGCAAUGUAUAUAGGAAAUACAA